UUCUUGCCAGCCCCCUUUUGGAACCAACCACUCCCUGCUGACUUGUGCCGAGCUACCGUCCACAUUACGCCUUUGCUAGGUUCUCUAGCCCUCACCGGCAUUGGGACAGUACCGCUGCAGCCGCAUCCCGACUCUCAACCGUCCUUGCUGGCCGCCUGGAUGGCCGCCUCAGCCAGGGUGACAGAGUAUGUUGGCUGGACCCCUGAAGAAAUUGAGAUCGAUGGCGACGAAAGCCUCCUUGCGGAAGCCCUACUCGAAGACCGGUUGUGUGUGAUCAGCGACGGUUCUUAUAAGCUCGGUAUGGGCACGGCAGCGGUUCAACUGCUUCCACGUAAGGGUGGCACGGAACGUAUUAUCGUCCGAUGCCAGACUCUAGGUCUAACUGACGACCAGAGCGCGUACCGGAGUGAACUGAUUGGCCUACUGGCCGGUAUCAUGGUUGUUGAUUGGCUCCUCGAUCAGUGGGCCCCAACACUUCGAUCACCACCUCGCAUCAGGAUUGCGUGA